UAGGUUUUUGAACCAUGAAUCCUUUGUUUCUCCUGGCUGCCCUUUGCUGGGGCAUAGCCUUCGCUAUUCCAAACUUUGAUCAGAAUUUAGAUACACAAUGGUACCAGUGGAAAGCAACACACAAGAGACUCUAUGGCCUGAAUGAAGAAGGAUGGAGGAGAGCUGUGUGGGAGAAAAACAAGAAGAUGAUUGACCUUCACAAUGGGGAGUACAGCCAAGGGAAGCAUGGCUUCACCAUGGCCAUGAACGCCUACGGCGACAUGACCAAUGAAGAAUUCAGACAAGUGAUGAAUGGCUACCAAAACCAGAGACACAGGCAGGGGAAAAUGUUUCACGAACCUCUGCUGCUUCAGACCCCCAAGUCUGUGGACUGGCGCGAGAAAGGCUAUGUGACUCCCGUGAAGAAUCAGGGUCAGUGUGGUUCCUGUUGGGCUUUCAGUGCAACUGGCGCCCUGGAAGGCCAGAUGUUCCGGAAAACUGGCAAACUGGUAUCCCUGAGUGAGCAGAACCUUGUGGACUGUUCUAAAUCCCAGGGCAAUAUGGGUUGUAACGGUGGCCUCAUGGACAAUGCCUUCGAGUAUGUGAAGGAGAACGGGGGCCUGGACUCCGAGGAAUCCUACCCAUAUGAAGCUGUCGAUGAAACGUGUAAGUACAGGCCUGAAUGCUCUGCUGCCAAUGACACAGGCUUCGUGGACAUCCAGCAGCAUGAGAAGGCUCUCUUGAAAGCCGUGGCCACCGUGGGGCCCAUCUCUGCUGCUAUUGACGCAGGCCACCCAUCCUUCCAGUUCUACAAAUCAGGCAUUUACUACGACAAAGAAUGCAGCAGCAAGGAACUUGAUCACGGUAUUCUGGUGGUUGGCUACGGCUUUGAAGGAACACAUCCAAACGUCACUAAAUACUGGCUUGUGAAGAACAGCUGGGGUCCAGAAUGGGGCAUCGAUGGCUACGUGAAAAUGAUCAGAGACAAAGACAACCACUGCGGGAUUGCCUCGGCAGCCAGCUACCCCACCGUGUGAGCUGGCGCGUGGCAGGAUGAAGGACUUGAGCAUCUGGAGGGAUUUUUAUCGCAAAACUGACAAGCCUUUUUUGUGCAAAACACUUGAAUCGUGAAGGAUCCAAGUUACGAUUUGCAUUCUAUGACAUUUUUACAAGGGUAAAAUGUUACCACUACUUCAACUACUGUUAUAGACAGCUUUAUGAUAUUGAACAUUCAUUGUUUAAUUCUAAGACUUUUGAAUUGCCAUUUUUUUAAAAGGAUGUAUAAAGCUUUAUUUACCUUUUAAAAUAAAUCUUAACUCAGUAUGUA